AUGGCAAGACCACCCGGCUGUGGUUACGUACUAAUAUUGUGCCUAUUUGUAUCUGAGACCGUCUUAUCUGAUAAAGUGCGAAAUGUUUUGAUAUUAUUAGCGGACGAUGGCGGUUUCGAGCUGGGCUCGUAUUUGAACAAAAUAUGCCAGACCCCUAACAUAGAUGCCCUUGCCCGGCGCAGUUUACUCUUCAAUAAUGCUUUCACUUCGGUCAGCAGCUGUUCACCGAGCCGUGCGGCCCUAUUGACGGGCACCCCGAGUCAUCAGAAUGGAAUGUACGGACUGCACCAGGGCGUUCAUCACUUCAACUCGUUCGAUAACAUCACCAGUUUGCCGAACGUGUUGCGGCAAAAUGGAAUUAUGACGGGUAUAAUCGGUAAGAAACACGUAGGGCCCGACAGCGUUUACAAGUUCGACUACGAGCAGACCGAGAUGAACAACCAUAUCAACCAGGUCGGUCGCAACAUCACACACAUCAAGCUGCUCACCAGGGAGUUCCUCGCCAAAGCUAACAAGGACAAAAAACCAUUUUUCCUCUACAUUGGUUUCCACGAUCCACAUCGAUGCGGCCACAGCGAGCCACAGUACGGCCCGUUUUGUGAGCGUUUCGGCUCAGGCGAAGAAGGUAUGGGUACUAUACCCGACUGGCAGCCGUGGUAUUACCAGUGGGAUGAGGUGCAGCUCCCAUAUUUCGUGCAGGACACAGAGGCAGCUAGAAGAGAUAUUGCUGCGCAAUAUACGACUAUGUCACGACUCGACCAAGGUGUUGCAUUGGUCCUUAAAGAGUUAGAAUCAGCUGGCCAUGGAGAUGACACGUUGAUUAUCUACACGUCUGAUAAUGGUAUACCAUUCCCGUCCGGCCGAACUAAUUUCUACGAUCCUGGUGUUAGAGAACCUCUCAUCAUCUCAUCUCCCAACCCUACUGCUAGGAGAAACCAAGCUUCAGGGUCCAUGGUCAGUCUGCUGGACAUUAUGCCUACGGUUUUGGACUGGUUUGGCCUUCCGUGGGAAGAAGAAACCAAUGAUGUCGUUCAGACCGACAAACCCAAGAGUUUGCUACCUAUAUUGGAGAAAGAACCUCCGUUCUCCGAGGACGAAGCGGUAUUCCUCUCGCAGACGCACCACGAGAUCACGAUGUACUACCCUAUGCGGGCCGUGCGCACGCGCCGUUACAAACUCAUACACAACCUCAACUUCGGCAUGCCCUUCCCUAUCGAUCAAGAUCUCUACGUAUCGCCCACCUUCCAGGACAUACUAAACCGCACACGCAGCAAACAGAGCCUGCCGUGGUAUAAAACUUUGAAGCAAUAUUACUACCGGCCGCAGUGGGAACUGUACGAUAUACGCGCUGACCCAGCUGAGACUAACAAUUUGCAUGGCAAACCUUCACUGGAGCAAGUAGAAGCAGGUCUCCGAGAGCGGCUGCAUCACUGGCAGAUGGCCACCCAGGACCCCUGGCUGUGCUCGCCCGACGCCGUGCUGGAGCACGAUGGGGCUGACUCGGACAGUGUGUGUCGCAGCCUCGACAAUGGACUUCUACAUUACUACACGCGAUAA